AUGAUUAAACAUUUACACGAUGGUAAAUUUCAUUAUCCACCAGGAGGAGGCACAUCAGUUUUUAAAGAGGGAUAUAUUAAUUACAUUUUAAAUUACCUUCCUAAAAAUGAAGUAAGAAUAAGUGUUGGAGCAAUGCCAUAUAGUUCACCACAUUUCGGUACAAUAAUUACUUUCUCACUUGCUUUUGCUCUUGCUCAACGGUUAAAAAAACUUGGUAAAACUGUGACAGUUAUGGUGGGUAUGGUGGAUACGGGAGCUAUAGCACCAGAUAAAUAUAAUUUUGAUGGCAUUACAUUCCAAAAAAGUAUCGCUUACACCGGAGUGAUUAAUGAAUGUAUAGAUGAAUACAAAGAAGUAAUAGAGAAAAUGAAUUCUCACUUUGGUGGCGUAGAUUAUAUAAUAGUAAAUCAAAGUGAUUUAAGUCUACAUAGGAAGGCACCAGAAAUAAUUCGGAAAAUUAUAAGUGAGCGAGAAAAAAUUGGACAAUUACUGUUUUCUUCAAUAAAGUCAUUAGGAUUAAGAGCAGCUUGUCCUCAAUGUGGUUUGACAGACAGAUAUGGUAUUAAAAAUUGUUAUGACGGUGACAUAAUUAGUUUUUUUUGCCCUAAUCAUGGUUUACAUUCAAUUGAUAUAAGUAAAGAUAAUUUACAAAAACUACAGUAUCAAUCUCCGUUAAGAAAUUUAGUACGAGGCUUAUUAUAUACGGAGGAUAAUAAAGAAAAGACGAUUCCUUAUUCUUGGUUACGGGUUACUGGUAGCGAUUAUUCGGGUUUUUACCAAGAGCAGCUUUUGUAUAGAGGAAUUGCUAUGUUAGAUAUUGAUAUAGUUAAUUCACCACUUAUUAUUUAUAGCCCCUUAGUAACUGAUUGGACAGGAGCUAAAUUAUCGAAGUCAUUUCUUGUUGAAGGAGGAUACAAAUAUUUGACUGAACAAGGAUUAGAUUAUUUUAUCGAUUAUCAAAAAUUUAAGACAAAGUUUGGUAGUAAAGGAUUAGAAGUAUUAUUUGAUGAAACUAAUUUGUGGUUGGAAGAAUCGCACAGACUAUUUAGAAGUUACACUAUUUUUUAUUUCGAUGAAUUAUUUAAAGCAAAAAUCAACGAAACAAUAGACUUGGAAAAAUUUAACACCAACAAAGAUAUUGAGCAAGAUUAG